AUGGAUCAGAGAAGCAAGUUGCCUACUGCUGAUGACAUAGACAAGAUAAUAUGCGCAGAGAUUCCUGAUAAGAACGUCAAUCCAGAUCUAUAUCAAGUCAUUAAAGAUAGUAUGAUUCAUGGCUCAUGUGGUGCUGCAAAUUAUAACUCCCCGUGUAUGGUAGACAGACUCUGUUCUAAAUUUUACCCUAAAGCUUUUUCUGAUUUAACCAAGAUUGGAAAAGAUGGUUAUGCUGUAUAUAGAAGGAGGCCAUCAAACAUUUCUGUUGAGAAGAGUCGUUUCCAUUGUGAUAAUCGUUAUGUUGUUCCUUACAAUCCUAUGUUAUCAGUUCGUUACCGAGCUCACAUUAAUGUUGAAUGGUGUAACCAGUCUGGAUCCAUAAAGUAUCUAUUCAAGUAUAUCAACAAGGGGCCAGAUAAGGUUGUUGUUAUAUUCGAACCAAAAUAUCAAGCGGAGAAGCCGAAGAACGAAAUCAAAGACUAUUUCGAUUGCAGAUAUGUCUCGGCAUCUGAGGCCAUAUGGAGGCUUUUCAAGUUUCCUAUACAAUAUAGGUCUACUCCAGUCCAGAGGCUGUUUUUCCAUAUUGAAGGGAAGAAACCAUGA